CGUAAACCGUUCACAACGAAUGGGGAAAACAUCGACCUUCUGAAUGACAUGUUUCGACAGUGGAGUCAGCGGACCUCUCAAGACCCAUCUUUCGUAGACACAAGUGCUUGCGGUACAUGCACGGAUGCAGCUGGUGCGGCCAGUUCAUGCCUCUUCCGUAAAGCGCUGCAAUGCCUUGCGACCUGAACCAACGAGGGCGAACACCGCUGGUCACGAUUUCCGGGGCGCUCGUGUCCUACCUGCACACCGUGCUUGGCUUCCUCUCAUUCUUUGGUGCUCUCGUUCUCGCGCUCGGCUGGCAUUACAAGCAGGUCGUCAAGAAUGGGAUUGCAGGCUGGCCGGAUGAGUGGUGGCCUAGCGUCAGUGCGACAAUCGGAGACUGGUAUCCGGAGCGUAACGUCUUCCAAAUUGGGAUCGCUCUUAUGAGUGGUCCGCGCUUCGCUCUAGUCUUCCUUUCGGCUCUCCUCGUGUCCCUCGCGAGCCCGUCCCAUUCCAGACGCGCUGUCAUUCUGGCUAUCACCGGAACGGCGCGCACCUUUGCGUGUGGAGGCUGGGUCUAUGUCACUUCGACAGACGACCAUGACUUCCACGAUAUGGCCAUGGUUGCUUACUUGCUUCUCACACCAGCCUGGAUGUACAUUUCUGGUACGAGCCUAUCGCUCUCGAUUCCUGCCAAUCCACAGAGGGGCGACGCAACAGCCGAGAGUCAAGUAAGGCUAAACAAGGGUAACAGGUUGCGCAAGAUUGCAGCUGCAGCAUUCUUUGGCAUGAUUCCAUUCAUGGUGUUCUUCUUUUACCGCCACAAGGUCCUCGAGAUCCCCGGAGCCUACACGCACUACGCAUUCUUAGAGUGGGGGUUGAUUGUAUUUGACCUUCUAUUUGACGCGGCAAGCGUUUACGAUCUGUCCCGCUUGGAGAUUCACAUCGUCGAAGCCACUGAGCCAUCAAAGACUGAUGGCCCCUUACGUCUCAAAGACCUUGUGGACGGUGCGUUCAUACGCGGCGGCCCACAGGAGGCUAUCGCGUCCGGAGCUUGGAAUGCAAGUGAGACACUAGGGCGGCUGUUGCCUCGCUUAGGGCGAAGUUCAAGCGAGAAUGCAGUAGACGAGCAGCUCAAGGGGCACAACACAGCCGCCGAAAUGGGUCCCACAAGAGUAUGGAUCGCCUUUGCGUCGGAUGUGUACCUCAACUUUGUCUUCUGGACGAACACAACUGGCCUGUUACCAACACUCUUCUUCUUCUCAGUCUACAAUUUGUCCAUUGGUGGCGAAGAAGCUGCUGUGCUAUCACAAGCCUUCGCUCUGGGACUACUUUUGCUCUUGUGGCCGAUACGGAAAGCGUUGGUGAGAAAUGAUGGGCAUGUGGGCUUGAUCUCUAGUAGCACACUUGCGCUGCUGCACGCGCUCACCCUGCCGAGCAUGGCCUGCUGGUGGUGGAGUAGCCAGCAUGGCAGACUCUUACUCGUCAUUCUUGGCGCCGGCCUUGGUAGCAUUGCGCUUGCUGUUGAAUGGGGAAGGGCUUGGGAGCUUGGUACUCUGAAUCGAAAGCUCUCCACAUGGCUAUUUGCAUUACUCAUCACCAACGUCGCCAAGUAUGCCAACCACUCUAAUCACCCACUUUGGGUGUUCAUGAACAACAGCAAUGGUGGCCAGAAUCUCAUUGGCCUCACCCUUGCGCUUGCCGCUCUUUGCGAACUCUACUUCCGUCCUACCGAAACCAUGCCUGCUGCAAUCAAGAGGCGCUUCCGCACCCCCCGCAACCCUUUGCAUGGGACUGUCGCAGCACUUGGCCUUGGAUCGAUGCUCUACGCUUUGCCCAUGUUCAUCAGCGACAGCGGAACCAUGAUCGCUUGGACGUGGACUGGCUACCCUGUGAAGGGCCCGAUGGCGCUCACCCAUGGAUGCUUCGUCAUCGCUUUGAUGGCUAUGUCGGUGUUGCUGGCGCACAAGCUGUCCGCAGGACCAACAGGAAGCGCACUCGCCAGACACCCAGCUUUCUUUGCUCUGGGAUGCGCGGCUUUCUAUGCCUUGCUGAAGCUUAAUGACUGGCCAGCCUUUCUCCUCGGCGCGCUACCCAUAGCAUUCUGGCUGCCAAUCACCAUGCAUCCUAUCCUCCAAUUCGCCAUGCAGUUCAACCCAAUUCGCAUCUCAGCAGCUGCAUGGCUUGUUGCAAGCAUCAUGGUCUUUUUCGAGGUUUUAACGGUCGCGUAUGCCUUCGUACCGGUUAUAGGCCCGAUGAUGCGCGAAAAGACAUGGCUGAUGCUAUGUGCUCAGCAAGCCUUCGUGGGGCUCUCGCUUCUCUAUUGCAAGCCUGAUGGGCAGGAGCCUGAGGCAGAGGCAAAGGAAGAACCGGUUGCUUACAGAACUAGGAGCCUUGACAGCACCAAAAACAAGGACUCCCGUUUCUUCAAUGCACUACUGGUCGGACUUGUCGCUGCCGUACUUGCCUCAGCGACGGUGCCGUUCUGGAGAAAGGUCGCAGUCACCCCGACGAGCCAUCCAGAAGAGCGACUAGUCACUGCCGGGAUCCAUACAGUACACUUUGGACACGAUCAGCACCUGUACGACUCCACGCGUAGACUCAGCAGCAUCUACAAGGAGAUGGAUCUCGACAUUAUUGGAAUGCUUGAAACGGAUCUUCACCGCGUCGUUUACGGAAAUCGAGACUUGACGCAGUGGCUAUCACAGGAAAUGGGCAUGUAUGCGGACAUCGGUCCGUCGCCCAAGGGCCAUACCUGGGGUGCGGUUCUGCUCAGCAAGUUCCCCAUCAUCAAUUCUACACACCAUCUACUGCCUUCGCCGCACGGCGAGCUCGCUCCUGCGAUCGAGGCAUGGCUCGACAUUUAUGGGGUUCAGACGCAAGUCAUAGUCAGCCAUAAUGGACAAGAAGAGGACCCUCUUGACCGCGAGCUACAAACUAAGCGAAUAGCGGAGCUUUUCUCGAACGCGUGGCCAAACCCCGCGCUGUUCCUCGGCUACGUCGUUACCAAGCCACACGCGGAGAGGCCUUCGCCUUAUAAGAUUCUGUUCGAAGACGGUCGCAUUCAAGAUGUGGACCCGACCGAUAUGGAUCGAUGGUGCGAAUACAUCGGCUUCCGUGCGCUUGAGCGUGUCGGCUAUGUGCGAGUCAGUCGAUUCACCGUAUCCGACACAGAGCUGCAGACAAUCAAGCUGCGAAUCCCACCGAUCGGCUACCAGCUGGAUCCGGAUACGGACCCCCGUCCGCAAAGGAUGAGCAACGACAGUCUGCCGCUCUCCUGGCAAUACCCGUGGCAUUUCUACGCGCCGACAGCGAUGGUGUACAACCAGCACAUGUACUUCCCGCGAUAUCUGCCGGACUACUUUGCUGUCGAUCGAUUCGCCCCAUACGAUCAAUGGAGCGUUCGAUGGGAGCCACCAGCUGAGCAGUCUGAGAAGGUUUAGGUGACGUCAGUCAUGUAACGUGACGAGAAAAAAGGACAUUCGGAAACAUGCAUUUGAGUCAUGAAUCCCCAUCUCUCUGGGUGGGAAGCGCGAUUUGGCCAAUGAGCUGCUUCCUUCCCUCCCAAGGAUGCCCAUCGUUC